UCACAGUUCACACGUACAUAGGUAAAGACCACCAAUUUUGACACUUCCACCUCCCAAGUUCUGCCACCUACUAUAUAACCACCUCAAACUCAUUACACAUUUCGCUCACUCUCUUCAAUAUUGAAAGCUAGCUAUGGUUUCCUUUCACAAAGCUUUGGCCGAGACCCCAAUAGCAGAAGUUCCAUCAGAAUUAGAAGCUCCACCAAGGAAGAGAAAGUGGGAAGACGAGACACUCACUGAAGAAUUCUUCAAGCAUGAUCCAACAGAUGAGAAGAGAAAAUCCAUCUUUGGUAUAGAGCUACAUCUAGAGACACCAUUGCCUUCACAUAAAUUGCAACAAUACCUCACUAUUCAGUCUGGGCAGAUACACUUGUGCAACACAGGAGACUUAUUGGAGAGAAACUCUUACACUGAAGCACCAUCACUUGGCCAAAGGAGCCUAGACCUUGAGCUGUCACUGAAGAAAAAGGAAGAUGGUUAUGACAUAAAUGAGAAGAAGAAUUAUGGUUCUAGUGGGAGUGCGUUUGGUGAACGUGAUUUGUUUUUGGUUGAAUCAAGCAAGUCCAAAAAGGAUGAUUCGUGUGUUUUAACUCGACCUGCACCAUCGUGGCUAUCAUCAGAGGGAGACGAUCACAAAGAGAUGAUUGCAACGGUUUGUAUGAGGUGCCACAUGUUGGUAAUGUUGUGCAAGUCUUCCCCUGCUUGUCCUAAUUGCAAAUUCAUGCACCCACCAGGUCAGAACCCUUCAAAAUUCUUGAAGAAGAAGAAGGUUCAGCCUCUCUUGUGCUAAUUAACUAGGAAUGAACGUGGUACUGAUACACGGGUUUAAUUGAGAAUUCUUAGCUGUAAUUGUCCAAGGCUUGUAUUAUCUUUUAAUUCCCCCUUGAAUAUAUUGUCAGAGUUUCUUUAUAGUUUAGCUAUGUGUUAAAAAUUAGGGGUAGUGGUGUUUAACCUACCUCUACGUAGUGGUAAAUUUAACUUUUAGGAUGAGUAAUGGGUGAUUUGAUAAGAAACUAACCUAAUGUUAUCAUAAUCAUAUCUAUGUACAUAUAUAUAAGAGUGUUUGUUGAUCAUCUUAAAUCUAUGUAUGCUGCUGCGUAUAAAAUAGUAGAAUUUAGCUAGGUUCUUUUAGGAUUUGAAAUUAAGCAAGAUCAUUUUCAA